GCUCGGACGGCGGCGGCGGCGGCGGCGGCUCACCGGCCCUUCCAUGCGCCCACGGCGGACCCUCCCGCGCCCCCUCUCGCUCUGCCUCUGCCUCUGCCUCUGGCUGGCCGCGACUGCGGCGCGGGGAGCCGCGCAGUCAGCUCUUGCCCCUGUUCUUUGCCUCUCGUUUUGUUGGUGAAGAUAUCACAGUGAUGUCUGCAUUCAACCUGCUGCAUUUGGUGACAAAGAGCCAGCCAGUAGCCCUGCGAGCCUGUGGGCUUCCCUCAGGGUCAUGUAGGGAUAAAAAGAACUGUAAGGUGGUCUUUUCCCAGCAGGAACUAAGGAAGCGGCUGACACCCCUGCAGUACCAUGUCACUCAGGAGAAAGGGACCGAAAGUGCCUUCGAAGGAGAAUAUACACAUCACAAAGAUCCUGGAAUAUAUAAAUGUGUCGUUUGUGGAACUCCAUUGUUCAAGUCAGAAAGCAAAUUUGACUCCGGCUCAGGUUGGCCUUCCUUCCACGAUGUGAUCAGUUCUGACGCAAUCACGUUCACGGAUGACUUUUCCUACGGGAUGCACAGGGUGGAAACAAGCUGCUCUCAGUGUGGUGCUCACCUUGGGCACAUUUUUGAUGACGGACCUCGUCCAACCGGCAAAAGAUACUGCAUAAAUUCGGCUUCCUUGUCGUUCACGCCUGCAGAUAGCGGCCUCGGCGCCGAGGGAGGCUGUGGGGCGGGCAGCCCAGCCCAGGCAGACAACGCGGAGCUGUAGGGGAGUGGGGAGCGAUGGAAACAAGUGUACUUAAUGCACAGCUUGUUAAAAAAAAAAAAAUUACUCAGAAUUGUCUUAGAUAUAUUUUUUCAAAAAAUAGAAGGGCAGUUUUGUGCUAUCGAUAUUUUUCUUCUUUUGCUUAAACAGAGGCCCUGGCCAUCAAUGUAUUUUGCUAUUGACUAGAUCCAGAACUGUUUAUAACUUCAGCGAACGGAGAUAGCUGUGGGAAACGUCUUCAAAAGCCACUUGAGUACCAUUUGGCAUUAUUUUCUUUGAGCACAUAGCUUCUUUUGAGAUUCCCUCCCCCACCCUUGCUUACGAGGUGGAAGGCGCUUGGCCUUCUAACGUGAAGAUCGAGAUCCCCUGUGCAGCAGAGAGGGCGCAGCAGCAGGGGGUCGGGCACCCAGACCUCUAGACGCAUGGCCCUGCGGCAUUUGUGCAGGCCCACCUGAGAUAAGGGCGGACUGGUGCCUUGUGAGACUUCUCAGCUCUGUGGAAAGUUUGAGCUAUAUAGUCGUUUAUUCUCACUAAAGGGGUGUGAAGGUCUAAAGUCUUUCCUUAUGUUAAAUUGUUGCCAGAUCCGAGGGGGUGCGCCGAGUGUUGUGGCAGAGAGUAAACAUUACCUCACGGUUAGGCCUUUAUUUUAUUUUAUUUUCCAUUGAAAACAUUGGAAUGUAAGACAACUGUAAAAUGCUGAGCCCCAUUUUGUCCAAAGUCCACAAAGAGGAACACCUGCCAUUGCCUUUUAGAAGUCCGUGCCUCCGCACCUAAUGCCAACUGCAGCUGGAAAGGCAUUUUGGUGAAUUCCACUGUGUAAAAGAAAAUACUGGGGACAAUACACUUCAUCAGGGCAGCGGAAGGAAGGGAGCAGGGAGGACCAAGGAGGAAGUCCUGGGUAUUAAAAUACCCAGAGCUGAGCAGAAAAGCUGAUGAGAUACUGCAAGUAGCAGAGCCCAAAGUGGGCGGACCUUGCACAUAGAGGUUCACAUGACCUCUGGAAGGAGGCUAGGGGUUAAAACGGGAACAACCAGGAGCUCAAGUCCCACCCUUGACACUUCUCUGCUGUGUGACACGGGACCAGCCGUUUAGCCUCUCCAUGCCCACUCUUCAUGUGUAAACUGGGACUUAACAAUAUUUAUAAGAUAACCGACACUCUCAGGGCAAAGUCACUAUAUUGCUGUACAGUUAAGAUCAGUGUUGUAAAAUUAAACUGAUCUGGUACUAAUUGCCUCAAAGGCUGAAGCCCAAGCAUUUGAAAUGGAAAGAAGUGGAGAGAAGGUUGACUUAGCUGAUUGGUAUGGAAACAGUUGGGCCAAGAGCCAGAAAGUUUUCUUUGUAGCAAUAUGGCUGGUUUCACUCCGAGAAACGCUGCUCAGUUGCUGUGUAGCAUUUAGCCUGGUGGAGUGGGGGGCGCUGUGCACAGUUAGGUUUCCACAGGUAUGAACGGUGGUGUUUUCAGAUGACAUUGCCGUAGCCAGGUGUGAAGGUACAGCUUAUGACUGGUGUAUAUUGUGUUUGUAGCCUUGACCGCGAAUCCUGAAAUGCAGUCCCGAAAAAAAUUUCCUUCUGUAAAUCUGUGAAGGCUGAUGAAAACUGACAUCUUUCCUUGUAAGCACCAAGACAAAAAUAAGAAAGAGGGACCCUUGACAGUUUUACAAUGAGAAACGACGAGGAGUUAAAAUGGGAAGUGACAAAUCAAAAUGGCAGUGGGGUCACGUCCGCGUUCUUCCAUGUGUCUACACCACGUCCUGGGGAGGCCCUGAUACUCUGGUGACUGUGUCGUCACGUGGGCCACAGCUCCACGUAGCCUACGCUCUUCCAGAUAAGUCACGCUCUUCCUUUCCCAGCUCCUGGCUGGUUCGCCUCGGGCCCUGGGAUUUUUCUGGAAAUGAGGUGUAAGAUUCAAGACCACUGAAGCCUCAGCUCCUGGACCAUCCUGGCAGCCUGCCCUGAGCUCACAGAGGGAGCCCCAUCCUUUCCCAGAGACUGGAGGAUCCCAUGGGGGGUCGGCUAAAGACGGGGGGGGGGGGCCUCCUGAGACUUCCCUGCCCCAGGGCACACCCACCCUUUGGGUCACUCAGCCCCUCUCCCAUCACUCCAGCUGUGCGUGGUAGCCUGCCCCAGGGUCUGCUGGACACGAGCCACCAUAUCUGGGUAGACAAGGAAGAUGAGGAGCUUCUUCCCUUCCCCCCAGAGAUUCUGAAUUCUCAUUGUCCUUUCAUUUUUAUUAUGGGGCCUACCAUUGCCCCCUCAACAACUCCUUCUUUUCUAACCCUUUGUCUUUGUUUCAAGGAAAGCCAGUUUUUCUUCUACCACAUUUUCCAGCAUCAACUUGAAGAAAAAUGCAGCAUCCACUGGAAAAGAAAAAAAAAAGCGGGGUAUAUGCAUGUGGUUUAAUUCCAGAUUGCUUUUGAGUUUAAGUGGUAUAAAAUUUCAGUGUAUUUCUGUCUUAUGUUAAAGAAAUAUAUUACUAAAACGUCAGUGAGCAGUAAUGUCAGCUGUCGAGCACUAGAUUUAUUUUUGCAGGAUAUGGAGUGCAAUGAACUGAGUCAAUAUGGCAAGGUGUAUGUGAUCGGUGAGAGUUGUGCCAUUUAACAUAGGAAAUGCACGGGACUUUCCCUCUCUGCACGCCAGCUCUUGCUCUACCAUUAGGAGACGUGGGCUUCUGCUGGUGUGUAAAAAGUACAUCCGUCCAGUCGUGCAGAAUGGAUCUGAAGAAAGCAGCAGCCUAUCUUGUAUUAGAGAACAUUUCUACACGUUUAAACUUUUCACUUCUUAGAUGCAUUUAAAUACCUAUUGCAAAUGCCAUAGCAACUCAAAAGCCUCUCCACGUUCAUUGAAAUUGAGAUGCCCUGCUUCAAACGCGGACUAUUAUGAAAGGGAUUCUCGUUUGUUCCGAAGGUCAGGUAUUUUUGUCUUAGAUAGCUUUGUAAUAAUGAUUUUUCUCCAAACGGUUCAAAACUUUUGAAAAACGUUAUGAAAUUUUCAUUAAAAAACCCUUUUCCUAUGUUUAUUGUAUACAGAAAUUAUGCAAUAAAAUUUCUUUAUAAAAAUGUUUUCUUCUCUGA